CAGACGGACGGACGGACAGACAGACAGACAGACGGACAGCCUCUCUUCAGCGAGUAUCACGAGACCAGCGCUGUCCGCAGCACGCUAGAAAUAUCUUUGUCGUUUUUUGUGUAGUUUGAAACUUUGUUGCGCUACGUUUGAUCUAAACCAAACACGAGUGUGGGAUAGAAGCAAGCCUUCAGAGCCCUUGUAUAUCAUCUUGUUCAGUGGCACAGAGUUUUGAGCGCAUUUCAGCCACGAUGUCCGCCAACACGCAGCAGAGCAAGAGCUGCCCCAUUCCCACGCGUGUCCUGCACCUCAAAGACUGGUCCCAGCUCCCAGACUGCUACAGUCAGACCCCAGGAGGAACGCUCUUCUCCACCACGCCAGGGGGAACUCGGAUCAUUUAUGACAGAAAAUUCCUCCUGGACUGCAGGAACUCUCCCAUUGCCCGGACCCCACCCUGUUGUUUGCCCCAGAUUCCUGGGGUAACCAUUCCUUCACUCCAUCCAAUGUCCAAACUGCAGGAACUCAAAGAGGAGUUGGAGGAGGAGAAGGAUCUGGCAGGUAAAAUUGCCGUCUGCUCCAGAAAAAGAAAAAGAAAGAAUGAAAACCUGUUCUGCGAUAACAUUUCCAGGACACUUUAAGCCCUCAGGUUUCCC